AUGUCGUGGCAGACGUACGUGGAUGAUCACUUGAUGUGCGAGGUCGAAGGCGUUCACCUCACCGCCGCCGCCAUCAUCGGCAUCGACGGCAAUGUCUGGGCUCAGAGCGCUUCCUUCCCUCAGUUCAAUCCACAAGAGAUUGCUAACAUCGUGAAGGAUUUUGAUGAGCCUGGGUUCCUUGCUCCUACUGGAUUAUUCCUUGGAGGGGUAAAAUAUAUGGUUAUUCAGGGAGAACCUGGUGCCGUAAUUCGUGGAAAGAAGGGUUCUGGAGGCAUAACUGUUAAGAAAACAAGCCAAGCUCUUAUCUUUGGCAUCUAUGAGGAACCAAUGACUCCCGGGCAGUGUAACAUGGUCGUUGAGAAGAUGGGGGACUACCUUAUCGAUCAAGGCCUGUAG